CGCGGGCCGCGACCCGGCACUCGCCUGGAGCGCGCGGGCGAGGCGGGCGGAGCGCACCGGAGCUCACGGGGGCGCACAGCGGCGCGCUCGCACCGCUCGGCUCUCGGCGGCGGCUGCGGCAGCGGUCGGGGCGCAGGGCUGAGCGAGCGCCCGGGCUCCGGGGCUCUGCGAAAGGCGGCCGCGGCUCCCGAGUGCGGGCCCGCUCCCUGCCACUGCCCCGGCCCCGGCCCCGGCCCGGCCACUUCUUUGCCAUGGCUCUGGCGGACAGCACACGUGGAUUACCCAACGGGGGAGGCGGCGGGGGCGGCAGCGGCUCCUCGUCGUCCUCCGCGGAGCCGCCGCUCUUCCCCGACAUCGUGGAGCUGAACGUGGGGGGCCAGGUGUACGUGACCCGGCGCUGCACGGUGGUGUCGGUGCCCGACUCGCUGCUCUGGCGCAUGUUCACGCAGCAGCAGCCGCAGGAGCUGGCCCGGGACAGCAAAGGCCGCUUCUUUUUGGACCGGGACGGCUUCCUCUUCCGCUACAUCCUGGAUUACCUGCGGGACUUGCAGCUCGUGCUGCCCGACUACUUCCCCGAGCGCAGCCGGCUGCAGCGCGAGGCCGAGUACUUCGAGCUGCCGGAGCUCGUGCGCCGCCUCGGGGCGCCCCAGCAGCCCGGCCCGGGGCCGCCGCCUCCGCACUCGCGACGCGGGGUGCACAAGGAGGGCUCGCUGGGCGACGAGCUACUGCCGCUCGGCUACGCGGAGCCCGAGCAGCAAGAGGGCGCCUCUGGCGGGGCGCCGUCGCCCACGCUGGAGCUGGCGAGCCGCAGCCCGUCCGGGGGCGCGGCGGGCCCGCUGCUCACGCCGUCCCAGUCGCUGGACGGCAGCCGGCGCUCUGGCUACAUCACCAUCGGCUACCGCGGCUCCUACACCAUCGGGCGGGACGCGCAGGCGGACGCCAAGUUCCGGCGGGUGGCGCGCAUCACCGUGUGCGGCAAGACGUCGCUGGCCAAGGAGGUGUUUGGGGACACCCUGAAUGAGAGCCGGGACCCCGACCGGCCCCCGGAGCGCUACACCUCGCGCUAUUACCUCAAGUUCAACUUCCUUGAGCAGGCCUUCGACAAGCUGUCCGACUCGGGCUUCCACAUGGUGGCAUGCAGCUCCACGGGCACCUGCGCCUUUGCCAGCAGCACCGACCAGAGUGAGGACAAGAUCUGGACCAGCUACACCGAGUACGUCUUCUGCAGGGAGUGAGCUCCCCAGACCCCUAGCCACUCCAGCGCCCACUCUCCCUCCUUCCUGCCCGAGAUGAUUACAGAUCCUCCCGCUCCUCCUCUGUCCCCUGGCUACCCUUCCCUAGUGUCCCCCUCCAGUAGUUGCUGGGCCAGACCCGUCCCCAUACCCUCCAGAACCUGCAGCCGCAAAACCUCUGGGCGUCCUCGUUUUCUCUGGACCCCGCUAAUCAAGAGAACCCAGACACGUACCCCCCACCCCACGCUUCCUCUACUCCCUGCCUCCCACCGUCCCUCCCCCAGGUGGGACUUCAGUCUGGAUCUGGUGGGGCAGGUUGGCCACAAAGUCACCAAGUAUCUGGCAAUGAUUGAAUUGUUCAGAACCUGAUUGGACCGUGUCCAGUGUGUAGAAGAUUCCUUGAAAUCUUCUCGAGCCCUUACGACUCAUUCUCAUUCGCGGUUUAAGAGACCAGAAUUGAUAACACUGGGGACAGAUAGUGUUUUAAAGGGCCAUUAUACAGUCUUUUGGACUCUCAUUGAAGGUUGAGUUUCUAGAAGGCUGAAUGGAAGACUGCGAUCCUGGCAUCAGGACCGCAUGGAGGCAGUCCAGUGACUGUAAAUGAAUAAAGUUUUGAAAAGUUACAGGUAAAAGCAGAACAAUCUAGUGCUGGCACAGUGAAGGAUCCUGUCUUUCGCAUACAGAAUAAAAAAGUCUUUGCCUGUGGCUUGAACUUGUAGAAAGUGAUCCUCCUGCCUGCGGAGGUGCCCCUUUUCAUCGGCUUGUCGCCUGAAGCCCUUGGUUCUACUGGUUGAAAUAGCAGCCUUUACUGUCGAAAGGGAGACAAGGGCGCUGCCCCCUAAGAGGGCAAGGCUGUCCAGGACGCCAAGACAGAUGCAGGAAGACACCCAGCACUGACUGUAAAGGGAGCUGGGCAGUAAUGCACGUCGUGAGUGUUAGGAAAGCCUGUACUCUUGCAGUGAAUGGCAGUAGGAUCCUUAGCUCUAAGAUUUGGGGGUGGGGUGGGGAGGGGAGGGGAGGGAGGAAGGGAUAGGAAGGGUGGGAAGGGAGGAGCCGACAUAACUCAUUUAUUAUUUGAAAGCUGGAAGUUUGUACCAUCCGUUUUGAGUACAUGCACAUUUUAAAAAUAUCAAAUAGUACAUGCAAACAUGCCAAGCAUUUUAUAAAGAUUAGUAACAGACCUACUCUUAACUGGCAGUUGAUUGAACUUACUGUUUUGAGUCCUAAACUUAGAAAUUGCUAAUACUUAUAGAACUUAACCAAAGAGUUAACCCAGUAGGGUUUUAGUUUUUGAACUUUUAUUUUCUUGUGGAUUAUAAAUCUUGAUGUUCAAAUCUACUUACUUGAGCAAAAUACGUUUGAUUUUGGUUGCUUAGACUUAAGAUCUCUUAUUAAAGAUCCUUGUUUUCUCCAAACCCAGCAAAUGUUGACUGCUGGGCAAACCUGAAUACCAGAAAAUGCCACUUCCUUCAUGCAUUUGUUUGGAGUUAAGGUGGAAUCUUUGCAAGUGGCAGAGCUACAGAGAAAUAUAAGCACCAAGGGCUGCCCAUCUGUAGAUAGCUGUAAAAUGGAAUAUUUUUAAAUGAAGGCAAAUGAGUACUUAAAAGUGAGCUGAGCAAUAAAAUGGUGUUUUAGGUAAAUGCAGCAGAAACAGAAGGAGACCUGGUUGCCUUAUGCCUUUACUCUUACAUGGAAUAAAUUCCCAAUGCAUAUCCUGUGUGCACCAUAAGUGAAGGGAAACAACCCACGUCAUGCUUCAUGCUGUGAGGUGUCCUUUGACUAUUCUGUGAUGAUGGAGAAGACUUUCUAGUUUGUUUUGUUUGUUUCGGCAUCUUUUCCUGAAGUCUGUUUUUAAAGAUUUUGUAAGAGCCAUUUUCAGUGUCUAGUGCUAUUUUUCCUUCUUUUUAAAAAUGAAUCUUGUACUGUAUCUUACUGUAUCCAUACAGCGGUUACGAAUGGGAACAGUUUUAUUCUUAGACUCAUGUGAUCCAAUCUGUAUAUACCAUAUAUAAACAUUUUACACGAAUCAUUUAGUUUUCUAAUUCAUUUACUAAUGCUAUACAGUUUCCUAUAUUUACCCCUAGUAACCUGCAUCAGAUGGUGUAUAUACUAAAAGCAACAUGUUUUGAUGAGUUUCUUAAAUCCUUGUCUAUGGGGAAUUUAGGUUUGGAAAAAAUACCUAAUUGUAAAACUGAGUUUGCACCAUACUUUUUUUGCUUGGAUAUUAGUUGUAUACUUAAUCAUGUGUCAGUUAACUGUCUACUUAAAAUCAAGGUACCUGUAUUUUUAAUUCACUGAUUUUUUUAAUUGGGAAAGAGAAAGAUUUAAAGUCUUUAUUAUUAGAGUUACAUUUUAAGAAAAGUAAAGUUAGCUUUAUAUACAAGGCCUGUAAUUGUAGGGAAAGUGGAAGCAGAAAUACAGGGAGUUGUGUUUGCUUAUGUGUUGAGUUUGGUCUCAGACUAGAUAAUGCAUCAGAACUUAUCUCUGUUUCAAGCCUGGAAUGAUUUAGGGCUGUUGCUCACUGGCCAAAAGUGAGUGUCACAGAGAUUUCCCUACCGUGUGUGGCAUUUUGUUAGAUUGUUCAACAAAAAGCACAUGUUUGAGAACGUCUUAGGACAGAUCAAAACCACUAACAGAGGGCAAGACUUACCAAUUCUGAUCUCCCUUGUCAAAUAUGCUUAACUCCAGGACAUCAUGAAAAACUGUUAAAAUUUUGUCUCAAGUCUUAUGAAUGUUUAUUUUGUAAAACUUUGAGUUGAACUAUCCCACUUUCUUGUACAUAGGCAUCUUACUCCUCUCCCCCUUGCUGUCUGCACAUCCUACCUUAUUUGAAAUACUGGAGAUUUAAUGAUUAGGGACAGUAAACCAACCUCUUUUUCUAGGGAUGACUGUCUCCUCUAAAGUUGAAGUCAAUAAAUGGGAAGUCUCUACUUUUAGCCCAAAGUAAAGGCUGGGUAGGAAAUUCAUUUUACAUUGGGUAGAUAGUAUAACACAGGUAAGAUGACUUGGCAUGGGUACCUUUAAAUCCCCUACUCCCCAUGUACUUUGGGCCACAGAAGGAGCCUUUGAGGUCUAUGAAGUGGGCUGGAGUGUUGAUCAUCACCUAUGAGCUUCAGUGGGGUAUUGAGGGCUGAUUUGAAUAAGCCCUCUUAAAACACCAUUCAUAUAACCUGGGAGACUGUCAUAAAUUAUCUAGAUAAUUAUGACUGUAUUAAUCUGACUCAGAUACAUUACAUAUCUUGCUCUAAUUAUCAUUUGAUGUUCAUAGUGACAUUAGACUUUAAAUAACAAACUUAAUUUUUAAAAAGGAAUUUAUUGACAGUGGUGGUUAAAAAGACAGGUACCAUGUUUCAUGCUUUUGCUCCAAGUGAUUGACAUGUUUAUUUUUUAAUACAUGUAGACUGUGAAGACCAUAUUCAUUCUGAUUUUUCAAAUGGUAUAUUGUGGAAAAUAUUUCUUGAAGGUGUUAAAUUUAAAUUUUUUUCCCUUUCAAUGCUGUUUUUAUUCUUGUGUUUCUUAUUUGGUUUUUUGGAUUGAUAGCAAAGUGAUAAUUUAUAAUGCUAGCCAAAAUUGUCUUCUCUUUCAAACCAGACCCAUAUAUAUAUAGAUAUGUGUGUGUGUGUGUGUGUAUACACAUACACACACACACACACACACGCACACAUAUAUAUGGCCUACUGCUUCUCUGAGGAAAUGCAUAAUCUGUGAAUACUCAGACAAAAUGGGCAAUUGGCAAUGCUCCUAAUAUAUUCCAAUUUUUAUUGGAAUUUUCCAUGAAAUGUUAUCAUUACAUUACAGCCAUGUAAGGUGAAGCUUUGAUAAUUUUUUACUCUUCAAGUUAUGGUAAAAUCCAGUCUAAUAUUCAAAUCAUUUUUGUACUCAUACAUAAAAAAUGCUAAAUUACAAUGCAGACAUUUAGAAAAGUAUUGACUAGAGGGGUUGAAUUCCUUAAGAAUUUCUCUUACAUUCUAAAUCACAAAUACAUUACUCAACUGACUUAAGUGUUUAAAGUAGUUAAGCUGAAUAUUUUUAUGGUAAACUUACCAGAGUCAAUCCUUUGUUUGGAAUUUUUUUUGCUACUAGAAAUCAUUUAAAAACUAAAUUAGUUUUCUUAGAUGACCUAAGUCUGUCUGUUGAGAAAGAAAUAAAAGACUCUUAUUUCCAGUAUCUAUAAGACAUGAAAACAAGUUUGCUUAUAGCCAGAAACAAGUUAUGUUGAGGUUAACUUGUUGUUGUCAUCAUUUUGGACAAUACAAAUCUAAAAGUAUUAACACAUAAGAAUUUAGAUUCUCUACUGGGGUCCUUGAAACUUAGAUGGAAGAAAUUCAAUCAGAAUAUCUAUAGUAGAAUAUAAUCAUGUGUGGUAGUAAGAUGGAGUAGUGGACCAAGAAUACUUGUCACUUACGCAUUUUGUGAUUGUUUUUCCAAGCCAAGUAUUUUAUUUUAAAUGUGUUUUGAGGUAUGUGUACAUCAAUUGUAAACUGUUAUACAACUGUCUUUGUGACUUUACAGUCAGGUAAAUUUUGCUGUUACUUUUGAAUACAAAUAAUGACAAUUCCUUUAUGACCAUUCAACAGCAUUAGUAACUAUUUAAUGACAAAGGGUUAAAAUAUCUACUAUAAAUGUUAAUUCUGAAGAUGUAAAUUAUAUGUUGUUUAAUUUGGGGGGGGACAUCUGAAAAACUCUUAUCUGCUAAACAAUGUAAGAUUCCCACAGAGCUAUCUGAGAUUCUGAAAUUGUUGAAAAUGUUUUAUGCUAAGCGAUACAUACUAUUGAGUCAUUUUCUCAAAAUACAAGAGGAGAAGAAAAAAAAUAAUAACAUUAUAAGACUUUUAUAAUGAAACAGAAAGCUAAAAGAAAAAGCCCUCUAUAUAUUUUUUUAAAAAGAUGGUGUGGAAAUCGUUUCGGACAUGCCCAAACUUUGAGAAUUUCUUUAACUGUCUAAAUGGUCUAGAGAUUUUUGUUCUGUCUGUUCACAACCAGUUGUAUAACAGAAAUAUUCAAUGCUGUUUUCCUCCCUGUGUGUGAAGUAAUGGAUCAUUGAUUAUGUGACUUGUUAUGUAUUCUAUUAAACACUAAAAAAAUAAAACAUUCACUCCUUUAA